AUGGCGUUCUUUACUUCCUUGCUCUUCAUGCUAUUGUUUUCUUGUUGGAUUUCACCUUUUUUAGCCCACAAAAAGCUCAAGCGAAAUGGGUUUCGAGGUCCGACCCCGAGUUUUCCUCUCGGGAAUAUUAGCGAGAUGAAACGGACGAGCUUCGGUCGUGUGUUCGAGUCUUUGACGCAUGAUAUACAUUCCAUUGUGUUUCCCUACUUUUCUCGGUGGCAAGCUGCCCAUGGAAAAAUAUUUACGUACUGGUUAGGGACAGAGCCGUUCUUGUACAUUGCAGAGCCGGAGUUUGUGAGGAUGUUGUCGAGGGAAGUGCAAGCUAAGUACUGGGGGAAGCCGUCGGUGUUCAAACGUGAUAGGAAAUCGAUGUUUGGGAAUGGAUUGGUGAUGGCUGAAGGAGACGAGUGGGUUCGACAAAGACACGUCAUUACUCCUGCAUUUAAUCCUUCCAACUUAAAGGCAAUGGCGAGCUUAAUGGUGGAGUCCACCACCCAAAUGCUGGACAGGUGGGCCCACCUCGUACUCUCCGGCCAUCCACAAAUCGAAGUGGAAAACGAAAUCACUUCCACCGCCGGCGAAAUCAUCGCCAAAACCAGCUUUGGAAUCGACCAUAUAAGCGGCCGACAAGUCUUCCACAAACUCAGGAAUCUCCAGAUGACACUCUUUAAAACCAACCGUCUUGUCGGAGUUCCGUUCGCCGGGAUUUUGAUCGCCGGCAAGGCCCGAGAGGCCAAACGCCUUGGUGAAGAGAUCGACGAGCUGUUUCGAGAGGUGAUUACGGCGAGGAGAGAGAAUCAGGCGGCGGCGGCGGCGGCGGCGGAAGUGGUGCAGCAGAAUGAUCUUUUGAGCUUGCUUUUGAAAGAGAGUGGUGGAGAGGGGAAGUUGGGGAGGUGGUUGAGUACGACGGAGCUGAUUGAUGAGUGCAAGACGUUUUUCUUUGGUGGGCAUGAAACGACGGCGUUGGCUUUGACGUGGACUUUGCUGCUUUUGGGUAUUCAUACGGAGUGGCAAACUCAGCUGAGAGAUGAGAUUAAGGAAGUUCUUGGUGAUAAAGAGAGUGACUUUGAUUUCACUAAGCUUUCUCAGCUCAAAAAGAUGGGAUGGGUAAUGAGCGAGGUUCUACGUCUAUACCCGUCCGCACCCAACGUGCAAAGGCAAGCUAGAAGAGACAUUACAGUAAACGGACUGACGAUCCCGAACGGCACCAACAUGUGGAUAGAUGUGGUGGCCAUGCAUCACGACGAGGCCCUUUGGGGCGAGCAGGUGAACGAGUUUCGGCCGGAGAGAUUCGAACACGACGGGGUAGCUGGGGGGUGCAGCCACAAGAUGGGGUAUUUGCCGUUUGGGUUUGGAGGAAGAAUGUGCGUUGGAAGGCACUUGACGUUCAUGGAGUAUAAGAUUGUGUUGACGCUUAUUUUGUGUAGGUUUUCUUUCACAUUGUCUCCUGAUUACUGCCAUUCGCCUUGCAUUAUGCUGUCGCUCCGGCCCGCGCAUGGUCUACCUCUCAUUUUUCAACUACUGGAACACUAAUUUAUAAGGGAUUAGGUUGUU